GUCCGGUAGGAACGUUUAUCGCUCUACUUCACAAAUCUAAAGUAUAAUGUUCACGUUUUUAGCGUCUUCUUACGUGCGUGUCGUGUAGAUUUAUUAAUACAUUUUCUUUCAUCAACCGUAUUUAAAACGGUCCAAGUGUCUUUUGAUUCCAGCGCGCGGGGAUGUUUUGGUGACGGACCUGAGGCACCACGUGACAGAGAGAUGGCUUCACGCGCUCACGAGCUGGUUACGCUGAUCGGGCUGUGCGACGGAGAGCUGGACCCUAAAAGGCACCGGUCCUCGUAUCUGACCAACAAAGUCGGGGGUCAGCCGGACUGCGUACCGGGCGUCUCCCGGCAGCAUCCGCGGUGCGGCCGCUGCGCAGCCCCGUUAGUCCACGUGGUGCAGGUGUACUGCCCCCUGGAGGCCUCCCCUUACCACAGGACCCUCCACCUGUUCGCGUGCCCAGGGGCCGAGUGCAGCGGCAGGUCGGACUGUUGGAGGGUGCUCCGCUCUCAGGGCCUGGAGGCGGCGGCGGCAGCGCAGGGGCCCAACCCGGCGCGGGGGCCUCCUCUGUCGGCCACCGACUGGUGUGACACCGCUGAUGACUGGGGGAUGGAGGAGGGGGGUGGAGGAGGAGGUGCGAAGGAGGUUCAAGAGGAGGCAGCAGCUCCUGAAGCAGAGGCAGCCGGAGAGGCCGACGUCAGCAGCCAGCUUCGGGAUCUCAGUUUGGGAGACUCGCAGCAGGGCGUCCCCGUCCUCCGUCCGUUCUUCAUCGGUGUGGCGGAGGAGUCGGAUCUGGGCGGAGAGGAAGUCGACCUGCAGCACGCUGAGGAGCUGCUGAGGGAGUACGAGAGGAGAGAAGGAGUGGCGGUGGUGGAGCUGGAGGGCGGCGAGGACGGCGGCGGGCAGGAGAAGUACGAGAAGACGAAAGCCCGGCACGGAGAUGCAGUCUUCUCCAGGUUCAUGAAGGAGAUCUCGCUCUGUCCUCAGCAGAUCCUGAGGUACUGUCGCGGCGGCAAACCGCUCUUCAUCUCCGAGCCGCCGUCCAACAUGGCUCAGGUGGUUCCGGCGUGCGGCUCCUGCGGAGGAUCCAGGACGUUUGAGCUGCAGCUGAUGCCGGCUCUGGUCAGUCUGCUGCGGCGGAAGGACGGCGGCGCUGAGUCGGAGCUGGAGUUUGGGACGGUGCUGGUUUAUACCUGCAAAACCAGCUGCUGGACGGCAGGAUCAGGAUCAGCUGUGGACGAGUUCUGCUUCGUUCAGACGGACCCGGACCAGCAGCUCUUUAAAUGACCGAGCAGGUUAACGGGUCCGAGCUGUGAUAAUUAAAACAGAAAAAACGAUCAUUAAAAAAGGAAAACGCAUGAGCUUGUGGAUGCACACGCGUCCUGGAAAGCCUGGAAAACUAGUCAGCUGUUUUCCAGGCUUUCCAGUCUUUGGAAUAUAUUAGUAAAUAUGAGUCGCUGCUCGCUGUGGCCGUUAGUUCUGGUUAUAAAUGAAAGUUUUCUCAUCAACUUGCUUUAAAUCGUUGUACAUCCUCCGCAGCGAGGAACUCGACGUGACGUGAUCCCGGUCUGUCAUGGCAGCUGGAUGACCUGGAAAAUGAUCUUCAGAAAAGAGUUGGACAGCUUUUAUUUCCAAAGCAGCUCCAGAUGUUUUUCAAUCUUUUCAGUUCAGCAGAAGUCGGUGUGAGCUGAGAACAGCAGACCUCCGAUGGUUUAAUAGUCACUUUGCUGCAGUGAUGUCAGCGUGUACUCCAGGACACUGUGACAUCACUGCUGGGUGUGGUUACAGGUGCAGUUUAGUGAUGGCGGCUGUGUUCAGAGGUGAAACAGUAACUACGGCGAGCGUAGUUACGUCAGUAGUUGACAUUACACGUGGCUGUAAUAAAGAAGUAGUAGUAGAAACCAGAAACAAAACCAGUCGCAUGAACCUGAAGGCCACAGAGUUACGAGUUCGCUACAUCAGAACUUACUCGGAAAAAGUGUUUCCAUCUCCCGUUUAGAGCAUUUACUCUUUUUCCACAAAAACCACCUCAAGCGAGCACAAAAACUCUAUUUUUUGCAUCAACCUUUUCUAACGCGAUGCUUCGAAAUGCGCAUUAAAACCCGUUGAUGGAAACACGGCUAGAGGCUCGAAGCUCCCCUGAAUAAAUAAAGGUUAAAGGAGUAACAGCAGACCUGAAACACUGUUCGCUGUUCGCCACUCUUCAAAGUGUAAAAGUGAUCAAACACGGUGCGUCUCAAAUCAGCAUAUAGUGAACUAUGAUGCCUGAGAGUUGAAAUGUUUCUUGCUGCAGGAGGAGACCUCGCAGUCUGCAGCAGGUCUGCCAGAGAGCUCAGAAAAUGCUCCUGGUUCUAGAGAAAGAUGCCAGAAGAAGGAAAGAUGAUCUGCCCACGAUUAAAUGUUAAAGCACUUCAAAGGGUAGUUUCACCUAAAAUAGAGCAGUGGCAUGUUCUCGCUACAGCUCGUGGUUACAUGGAGAACACGUGCUUAAUGUUGUCAGCGUGACUUUAAAACUUGCACACGUGCAGCCGCAGUGCGAUUUACAGCGGAUUUACCCUUUAAUAACAUUCCUGCAGCUGCCUAAUGUUGGCUGCUCUGACCUUUGGCCUCCCUCUAAUGAAACGUUUCUGCUCUGAGAAGUGAAAGUGCCUUUAAUAUCGUGCUGCAUGAGGAGAAAAGAGAAAAUCUGUCACUCAGCGUUCAUGAAAUCAAGUAUCAGGACACAGAACAAUCCAAUGUUUUCCUUUCUUUUUACUUCACGAUACAUUUCUACCAUUCAGUGUCUUAAGCUUCACACCAAGAAGAGCUCAGGUCGAACAGCAUUUAUGAAAGUCGGCGUAGGAAAUGUAAACCGUACAGAGUGAAAGCUAUAAAAAUGUAAAUGAUCAGCUGAAGGACUUUGGUUUUUUACUGGACCAGAUCCAGAGUAUCAAAAAUAGAUUUCUUAAUUAAUUGGCCAACAGAUAACGACAGGAUGUUCUCACAGUUGUGUGACUUCAGCGUCUGUGAUGAUUGUUGUGACUGCGUGACAUUAAAGUCUUUAAUCACA